AUGGUGCGUAGUGCUAAAGAAGAAGCAGAAUUUUUUAGCCGAAUUAUUCUAAAAAUCACCAGAAAAAGUUUUACUGUCGCAAUUAGCAAUUUUUUUCGAUUCACUCUUUUUUUGAACAUGAAGUGGUGGUUGCAAGUCAUUUUGCUAAUACUUUAUGCAUUUUGGAAGGAUUUCAAACCUGGUGAACCUUUCCUCUUCAAAUAUCAUGUGAUUUUCCUCAACUUAACUGAGCAACAAUUAAAUGGAGAGAUAUAUCCAUAUUGGACAUAUAGCUAUCUUAUCGCGAUGAUUCCGAUAUUUCUACUCACAGAUUUGCUUCUUUAUAAGCCAGUUUUAAUGUGCGAGAAUAUCGGUUAUAUUGUUUUUAGAGUCUCAUUAGUAUUUUUAUCGAGCGUAUUGUCGCAACAAAUUGGCCAUGUUUUUUAUGGUAUAGCAACAGCGUCUGAAAUUGCUUUUUAUUCAUACAUUUAUGCAAGCAGUGAUAAGCGAGAUUAUCAACGAAUAACAUCAUGGACGCGUGCUGCAUCCAUGUCUGGUCGCACUGUGGGAUAUCUUAUGAGCCAACUUAUCAUUAUCACUAAAUUAGGCACUUAUUUAACUAUAAAUCAAAUCUCACUAGCUUCUCCGAUAAUCGCUUUAAUAAUCGCAUCAUGUUUUCCAAAGGUUCAUUGGAAAACACUGAUCGAUCGUAUAGAGAAAACUCCAGGCACUAUAGAUGAUAACAAUUUGAAACUUCCACGGACGUAUUUGGCCUAUUGCCGAUAUCGGAUCGAGAAAAUGUACUGCAAUGCAAAAACUAAUUAUUCAAUUGGUUUUGUAAGUAAGUGGUCUUUGUGGUGGGCAAUGACUACAUGUAUGUCACUGCAGGUAAGCGCUUAUGCACAAACACUGUGGGGAGAAGUACAAGAAGAAGAAAGAACCCUAAAUGGAUUUGCUGAAGCCACUUAUACCGCAUCAGCGACGACAGCAAUUCUUAUAAUGCAUGCAACAAGGAUCGACUGGGAUCGUUGGGGUGAAAUAGCGCUUGUUAUCAUAUCCACAGUUGAUUGCGCUUUAUUACUGUUAUUUAGUCGAACGAAUUCGAUUUAUGUAAUGUAUGGCUGUUAUAUCGGCUAUAGGACACUUUAUCAAGUUAUGAUAACUAUUGCUCAAUGGAAUUUGGCAAGGAAAAUGGUCUGCUGUAGUUACGGCCUUCUUUUUGGAUUGAAUACAUUUAUAGCAUUAAUUCUACAAACAAUUUUAACGCUAGUGAUUGUCGAUAAACGCGGUUUAGGAUUAAAUGCUCGAAUACAGAUUCGCUAUUCCUCAUUUUCAACAUUCGUCGAAGAUUAUGCAGCGUGA